GGGAGGGUGGCGCCGUGAGCGAGCGGGGACCGGGCUCUCCUGCCCCUUCCCCUGCCCCUGGGCCGCCAGGAUGGAGGCGGGGUCGGGGCCCCCGGGCGGCCCGGGAUCUGAGAGCCCCAACCGGGCGGUGGAGUACCUGCUGGAGCUGAACAACAUCAUCGAGAGCCAGCAGCAGCUGCUGGAGACCCAGCGGCGGCGCAUCGAAGAGCUGGAGGGCCAGCUGGACCAGCUCACCCAGGAGAACCGCGACCUGCGGGAGGAGAGCCAGCUGCACCGCGGGGAGCUGCACCGGGACCCCCACGGCGCGCGGGAUAGCCCGGGCCGCGAGAGCCAGUACCAGAAUCUGCGUGAGACCCAGUUUCACCACCGCGAGCUGCGGGAGAGCCAGUUCCAUCAGGCGGCCCGGGACGUGGGCUACCCGAACCGGGACGGCGCCUACCAGAACCGGGAGGCUGUGUAUCGGGACAAGGAGAGGGACGCCUCCUACCCGCUCCAGGACACUACCGGCUACACAGCCCGCGAGCGCGACGUGGCCCAGUGCCACCUGCACCACGAGAACCCAGCCCUGGGUCGCGAGCGUGGCGGGCGGGAGGCUGGGCCAGCGCACCCGGGCCGCGAGAAGGAAGCCGGCUACUCGGCGGCGGUGGGCGUGGGGCAGCGGCCGCCGCGGGAGCGGGGCCAGCUGAGCCGUGGCGCAUCCAGGAGCUCCAGCCCCGGCGCCGGCGGAGGCCACAGCACCAGUACCAGCACCAGCCCGGCUACAACCCUCCAGAGAAAAUCUGAUGGUGAGAAUUCCAGAACAGUCAGGUCCACAGCGUCUCACACUCUACACCAGUAUUGCUGUCCUACUCAGGUCCUUGACUCCAUGAAGCUUACCCCCUCAGGCAGGCUGGCAGAGAGCAGUGUGGAGGGUGAUGCCCCAGGCAGUGACCUGAGCACAGCGGUUGAUAGUCCUGGGAGCCAGCCCCCCUACCGGCUGAGCCAGCUGCCUCCCACCAGCAGCCACAUGGGGGGCCCCCCUGCUGGGGUGGGCCUUCCCUGGGCUCAGCGGGCUCGCCUCCAGCCGGCCAGUGUCGCCCUGAGGAAGCAGGAGGAGGAGGAGAUAAAGCGCUCCAAGGCCUUAUCGGACAGCUAUGAACUCUCCACGGACCUGCAGGAUAAGAAGGUGGAAAUGCUGGAGAGGAAGUAUGGGGGCUCCUUCCUGAGCCGCAGGGCUGCCAGGACCAUCCAGACAGCCUUCCGCCAGUACCGCAUGAACAAGAACUUUGAGCGGCUCCGCAGCUCAGCUUCGGAAAGUCGCAUGUCCCGCCGUAUCAUCCUUUCCAACAUGCGGAUGCAGUUCUCCUUCGAGGAGUACGAGAAGGCACAGAACCCCGCGUACUUCGAGGGCAAGCCUGCCUCGCUGGACGAGGGUGCCAUGGCUGGUGCCCGGAGUCAUCGGCUUGAUCGGGGGCUCCCGUAUGGAGGCUCCUGUGGUGGGGGCAUUGAUGGCGGUGGAAGCUCUGUCACCACGUCUGGAGAGUUCUCCAAUGACAUCACAGAGCUUGAAGACUCCUUCUCGAAACAGGUCAAGUCUCUGGCUGAAUCCAUCGAUGAGGCCCUAAACUGCCACCCUUCAGGGCCCAUGUCUGAGGAGCCGGGGUCAGCCCAGCUGGAGAAGCGGGAGUCAAAAGAACAGCAGGAGGACAGCUCAGCCACAUCCUUCAGUGACCUUCCCCUCUACCUGGAUGACCCAGUGCCCCCACAGUCCCCUGAACGACUGCCCAGUGCAGAGCCCCCACCCCAGGGCCGACCCGAGUUCUGGGCACCAGCUCCUCUCCCACCAGUUCCACCACCAGUGCCACCAGGGACCCGGGAAGAUGGGAGCCGUGAGGAAGGCACUCGCAGGGGUCCCGGGUGCCUGGAAUGCCGGGAUUUCCGGCUGCGGGCUGCCCACCUUCCCCUGCUCACCAUUGAGCCUCCUAGUGACAGCUCCGUGGACCUGAGUGACCGCUCGGAUCGCGGCUCUGUCCACCGCCAGCUGGUGUACGAGGCUGAUGGCUGCAGCCCCCAUGGGACCCUCAAGCACAAGGGGCCACCAGGCAGGGCCCCCAUCCCACACCGCCACUACCCAGCCCCUGAGGGCCCAGCUCCAGCCCCACCAGGUCCCCUGCCCCCAGCCCCCAACAGUGGCACCGGGCCCAGUGGUGUGGCUGGGGGUCGGAGGCUGGGGAAAUGCGAGGCAGCAGGCGAGAACUCUGAUGGAGGAGACAAUGAGAGCCUGGAGAGCUCCAGCAAUUCCAAUGAGACCAUCAACUGCAGCUCCGGCUCCUCUUCUCGGGACAGCCUGAGGGAGCCCCCAGCCACUGGCCUGUGCAAGCAGACAUACCAGCGGGAGACCAGGCACAGCUGGGACUCCCCAGCCUUCAACAACGACGUGGUGCAAAGGCGGCACUACAGAAUCGGCCUCAACCUCUUCAAUAAGAAGCCAGAGAAGGGUAUCCAGUAUCUCAUCGAGCGGGGCUUCCUGUCAGAUACACCGGUUGGAGUGGCCCAUUUCAUCCUGGAGCGGAAAGGCCUGAGCCGGCAGAUGAUAGGGGAAUUCCUAGGGAACCGGCAGAAGCAGUUCAACAGAGAUGUGUUGGACUGUGUGGUAGAUGAGAUGGACUUCUCCUCCAUGGAUCUGGAUGAUGCACUCCGCAAGUUCCAAUCCCAUAUCCGGGUUCAGGGCGAAGCCCAGAAAGUGGAGCGCCUCAUCGAAGCCUUCAGCCAGCGGUACUGUGUCUGUAACCCAGCCCUCGUCCGCCAGUUCCGGAACCCAGACACCAUCUUCAUCCUUGCUUUUGCCAUCAUCCUUCUCAAUACUGACAUGUACAGUCCCAGUGUCAAGGCUGAACGCAAGAUGAAAUUAGAUGACUUCAUCAAGAACCUAAGAGGGGUUGACAAUGGUGAAGACAUCCCACGAGACCUCCUGGUGGGCAUUUAUCAGCGCAUCCAGGGCCGUGAACUUCGGACCAAUGAUGACCAUGUGUCCCAGGUGCAGGCUGUGGAGCGCAUGAUUGUUGGCAAGAAACCGGUCCUGUCUCUUCCUCACCGUCGCCUGGUUUGCUGCUGCCAGCUCUACGAGGUGCCAGAUCCUAACCGCCCCCAGAGGCUAGGGUUGCAUCAGCGGGAGGUCUUCCUCUUCAAUGAUCUCCUCGUGGUCACCAAAAUUUUCCAGAAGAAGAAGAUCUUGGUGACGUACAGCUUCCGUCAGUCCUUUCCCCUGGUGGAAAUGCACAUGCAGCUCUUUCAGAAUUCAUAUUACCAGUUUGGGAUCAAGUUGCUGUCUGCAGUGCCAGGUGGUGAGCGCAAAGUCCUCAUCAUCUUCAAUGCCCCCAGCCUCCAGGACCGGCUGCGCUUCACAUCGGACCUGCGCGAGUCCAUCGCGGAGGUGCAAGAGAUGGAGAAAUACCGCGUGGAGUCCGAGCUGGAGAAACAGAAAGGUAUGAUGCGGCCUAACGCCUCACAGCCUGGAGGGGCCAAGGACUCAGUGAAUGGGACGCUGGCCCGCAGUAGCCUGGAGGACACUUAUGGGGCAGGCGAUGGGCUCAAACGGGGCGCACUCAGCAGUUCCCUGCGAGACCUCUCUGAUGCAGGGGUCUGUUAUUAGCAGUCCACGCCCUCACCAGAGGAUGCCACCUCCGCCCCCACCCCCGCCGCCAGAGGAGUACAAGAGCCAGAGGCCCGUCUCCAACUCCUCAUCCUUCCUGGGCUCCCUAUUUGGAAGCAAGCGGGGCAAGGGGCCUUUCCAGAU